AUGUUUCAGCGGUUUUUGAGCAUUUGCAUAGACGAGUUCCCGGAGACCCUCGAUUAUACGGGAAGGGACGAAAAUGGCAAUUCCACCACUACAGUCCUGCACAGACAGAUGAUGUACGUGCCCGAAGAUGACGACGACAGCAUUGACACACUCGGGUGCAUGAACUACACGUUGCACAAGGCCGACUGCGACCAGACACUGCACUCGUGCGUGCAGCUGGUGGACGAGCACCUGGGCGCCAAGUACCGCCGGGCGUCGCGCACCAUGUACGGCAACCGGCUGCCGUGGAAGGCGAACAAGCUCGCGGAGAUGAAAAGCGCCGGUUUGAUAUAUGUCUGUUACUGGGGCAACGACGUGCAAGGCGUGCGAGCGCUGGGCGCGUUUGUCUCCUUCAUGUACACGGAGGAGACGGGGCUCGUCGAGGGUGAUGCCGCGCACGAGGUGAGCGUGCCCGUGAUCUACCUCUACGAGGUGCACGUGGCCUGCGCGCACCGCGGGCGCGGGCUCGGCCGGCGGCUGCUGACAAACUCACUGUGCGAGGGCGUGGCCCGGCGCGUCCGGCGCAUGUGCGACGACUUUUUCGGCGUCGCACUCACCGUGUUUGGCGACAACACACGUGCGCGGCGGUUGUAUGAGUCGCUCGAGUUUCAGCGUGCACCCGGGUCACCCGUACCGAUAGCCGCACCUCCGCCCCGUGUGACGCGACGCGGCCAUGGGGCCCGGGCCCCUGUGGCGCGCGAUCCCCUCUAUUACGUAUAUUGCCUUCACCUGGCGUAA